UUUCGGUAUAUGUGAAAGAACAGCGCCUCCAGUUCAAAGCUACUGCUCAUCGUAUACAGAACACAUUUUAACGACAUCCCGUAUAAACAUUUAUUAUCCAUUUGGUUCUGGUGCUGUGUGUGAUUUUUCAUCUCUCAUAUUAUUUUGGACGUUCUUUUUCUCAUUGUGCGUAUGUUUUGUAUGAGUGCCCUUUUUGUCCCUUAUUUUGAGAAUUAAGUUGAUAAUUAAAAUAGACAAUAUAAUUCAUGUGUUAAGCCAGUGAAAUGAACUAAUAUACCGCGAAUGAACUCAGAAGUGGCUGCUGAAUGGUUGUGUGUGACAUCGAACCGAAAUGAUUAAAAGGACAUCGAGGUUGGACGGAAUAUGGCUAUCGAAUGAACUUUGGAAACCUCUUUCUUUGCUCCUUGUAAUAGUUGGUGUUUGUGGUCGUGUUACCGAAGCAUCAAGACGCGGAAAUAUUGGAUGCUUGUAUAUCGAUGAGCUGUGUCUUCAAGGGAUCGAAUACUGUUUUGAUGAUGAUGUAAUUGGAAAGUGCAUUAGUGGCGAUGGAAAUGACAUCCAUAUAGCUCAAAAAGAAUUUCUGGAUCCAUCAGCUCAAACGGAAUUUUCUGACGUUUUUCGUGACGUACAUUCAAUUGUAAAUCGUCAUUCAUUACCAUGGGAUCACGAAUACGUUCAAUGUCGUCUUCAAAAUUCAUUGUUUGCAAUUUCCAACAAAUUGCCAUAUUCAUCGGCGAUAUGUUGGGAGAAAGCGCCCGAACGCGGCUCAAAUGCUGAUGCAUUUGUAGCCGCAUUGGAAGAGGCAGAGAAAAUUGUCGAACAACAGGCCAAAGAUGCAUUAGACGAAGAUGCCUCCAUUCAGUAUCUACCACCAGAUAACAACUAUGCUGAUGAAGUUUAUUAUCCACCGAUGAAAAGAAGACCGGAUCUUAUUGAAUUCGAUGUCGAAGAACCGCCGGCACCGUAUGACUAUCGCAAUCAUUAUAACACCGAAAGUGAUGGCAAAGAAGAAAGAGAAGAGCUACGAACUCGUAUGGUUGAUUUGAAAAAUCGAAUCGAACUCAGACGUAUGCUAUCGGAAUACAUGUCGGGUGCAUUAAAACCACCAAUUUUCUAUAAGGAUGGAAUUGCCGCACCCGAUGACUUUGUUCAAAAUGAUGAAGUCGAUGCCAUCGAAAGCAUUUUUGAUGAACGACAACCUCAAAACAAACGUCUUGUAUUACCAUCUCAGGAUAAUACUGUCUAUGCAAAUAAUGAUGAUACUUAUGAAGAUUUUCCAUUGAAAAGCCUCUUUCGAGAACAUCAACGGCCCAAUGAUAUUGAAGAAAACGUUCGAGAAUUCGAAGCAUUUGAUCACAGAACCAACGAUCCAACUGAAUACCAUCGAAGAUUAUUUAAAGAGAGUCGACCAAAAGAACAGUCGGCCGUUUACACUGAAGGCGGCUUAGUCUAUGGUCCAAGUACUCACAUAACAUCCACACAUCACCGAAAAAAUAAUAACGGUUUCAAUCGGACAAAAAGUUUGGAAGAAAAAAGUUUGGAGGAUUUAUUGAGUUUUACUCGGCACGAGCGAUUAGAUGUAAAAAAGCCCGGUCCACCUGCUGAUAUUCCACUUGAAGAUCACCCAGCGAUAAAUGUCAGUGCAAGGAAAGCAGAUAAUAACGAAGGGAAUAAGAAUGUAUUGAAAUGGUCUAAAGUAAAAAAAGUUUCACACUCGGACAUUGAUGAUGAUCAUGCUCCACAUUCGGUUGACACCGAAUUUGCUUAUGUCAUCAUAAAAGGACCAUUGGAUGAUUGGAAUAAGGGACCUCGUCUCCUUUCCGAGAUCGCCACCAUGUUGAAUAUGGAAGGAUUACUAACAUCGAUUCGAGUCGAUCGUCAUGAAAUUGCAUUCCGCGUUGAAAAUAACCCAAAUAGAACAGCACACGAUGUGGCACGUGCUAUUAAUGAUGAUCGUUUCAAGGCCAAUUUGUCGCGUCGUUUUGGCAUAACUGUGCUUCAUGCCGGUGUUGGAAAUAAAACGAAAGAAAGUAAUGGCGUUUCAUCGACAUACCUGCGAGAUCAUGGGGAACGUGAUAAUUUGUCAUAUAUGAUGCCAUUCAUGCUUGCUGCCGCCGCAGCUGCUGCCUGUAUUAUCAUAAUCAUAAUGGUCUGCUUCAUUAGAGGUCACGACAAAACCAAGUACAAAUUGGGCGAUUUACAAAGCAGCUUCUCAAAUCCGGCGGAAAAAGAUUAUCAAGAUCUUUGUCGAUCACGAAUGACAACAAAAAAUUCCAGCAGUAAUAUACCGGCUGAGCGUGUUAUCAUGACAAGCACACAAAAUGAACGUCCCCCAUCGUCUCGUUCAAGUACGUCGUCAUGGAGCGAAGAGCCGGCUUUAACAAAUAUGGACAUUUCCACUGGACAUAUGGUGCUUUCCUACAUGGAAGAUCAUCUUAGAAACAAAGGACGUUUACAACGAGAAUGGGAUGUUUUGUGUCGAUACGAAGCUGAACCAGGUGCACGUGAUGCUGCCUUGCAGUCACAAUGUGCUCAAUUAAAUCGACCCGAUGCACCACUUCCAUACGAUCAUUCACGCGUCGUUUUAAAUCAUUUGAUCAACGCUGAAGGAUUAGAUUACAUCAAUGCAUCGUCUAUCACGGAUCAUGAUCCACGCUGUAGCGCUUAUGUUGCCGCACAAGGGCCGCUUCCAUCAACGAUUUCACACUUUUGGCAAAUGAUUUGGGAACAGGGUGCGGUUGUGAUUGUGGCGCUUUGUCGUUUACAAGAGAACAACGAAAGUGCAUGUGCUCGAUAUUGGCCAGAAGAAGGCAGUGAAGUCUAUCACAUUUAUGAGGUACAUUUGGUGAGCGAACAUGUAUGGUGUGAUGACUAUUUGGUUCGGUCAUUCUAUUUGAAAAAUCUACGCACUGGCGAAACCCGAACGGUAACACAAUUCCAUUUCAUGAGUUGGCCACAAAACGGCAUCCCAACAUCGGCAAAAGCAUUGCUCGAUUUCCGACGCAAAGUCAACAAAUCCUAUCGGGGUCGAUCGUGUCCGAUUGUUGUGCAUAGCAGCUCUGGAGCUGGACGAACCGGUGCAUAUAUUCUAUUGGAUUUGGUACUGGGUCGCAUGAACAAAGGUGCUCGUGAAAUUGACAUCGCAGCCACUUUGGAGCAUUUGAGAGAUCAACGAGCCGGACUAGUUGCAACACGACAGCAAUUUGAGUUUGUUUUAAUGGCCGUCGCCGAAGAGGUGCAUGCCAUUCUGAAGGCAUUACCACAAACUACGCAGAGCGACAAACGUGAACUGGACAAUGAGACUGUUAAAGAACAUGACGAUGAAAAUGCACAAAAAACAUCGAAAGAUGUGACGGCAGGCACAACAAAGGAACAAAGUAAAAAAUAAGCAGGGAAUCGAAUGAGUCAAAUCAUAAAAAAAUAUACAAAAAUCCAAUUGCAUGAAUCAAAUUCAAGUGGGAAACGUGCAAAUGUGCAUUUUAAAACAAUUCAAAUGACAAAAAAAAACAAA